AUGCUGCCGGAUGUGCCGAAUGGCCAAUUGGAAUCAUGGAACGAACUAGAAGUAAGUUUCUACCUUCCUCCGUCUCUCUCUCUUCUUUUUAAAAAGAUGGAUCAGUACGUGAUGGUGGCUGAUGACGAUACCGAUACGUACUGCAUCGAGCCGGCCAGUUCCGGACUGCCGCCCUUCGAAGCGAGCCUCGACGCGUUCCGGAAGGAUGAAGGAUCGAAUACCAUUCGCUCCACGACGGUCAAAAGGCCGGCGGCGGAAGCGAUAGCGACAUUCCCGCGACAGCAAAAGUCUCAGCGACGCGUAACCUUUGGUCCUCGCGAAGAAAUAUCGAUACCCGUGCCUUCGUCCCGAAUUCUGCAUUCCAGACUCCUCGCGAACCAUGAAAUCAAAGAAGACGAGAUCGAGAGUGAUCGCCGAAAAGAAACCAGUGAACCGUUCCGACGAUCGGUUCAAGUCAAAAUGCUCAAAAGCUCCACAACGCAACAUGGUCAACAUCCGACGAACCGACGAUUGAAGAAACUGCGUCGCGGGGAAGUGCCUUAAGUGUGUGGCUCACGGCGACUCGCGCUGGGUAAACGGUAUAGAGUACUGUUCGGGGUGUUCCCAGAAGUUCUAGGAGAAUAAGGCACACGUAGAAAAAUAAUAAACAGCAAAUAUCCGAUUAUCCAUUCAUUUAUUAAUCGUGAAUUAAAUUAAUCGUGCCACCGAACAAACAUGAAUUACGAUACUAACCAGGAACCUUCACCGUACGCGUCAUUGGUUCAAGUUCAAGUUUAUAGGUUGAGUCACCUCUUGAUCUUGGAUUAUCUCAUCAUUAUUCUCAAUUACUUCAAGUCUUCUAAAGAAUGGACGUUAUUCGAAAUUAUCCCUGAUUUUCGAGUAUGGUAUUUUGGUAUUUUGAAGUCUGCCGGGCAUUAUAGCUCCGAUUAUUAGGGUUCCAAUUUAAUUGCCUCGAGGUUUUCUAUUUCUUUUCUUUCCGCGUUUUUUCUUACAAUGUUUUUGUUCAAUGAAAAGUCCCGUUCUCAACUCAUGAAUUUGAGUGUUUGCGACAACACCCAAUAAAGGGCAACUUUAUGAAGUUUUCCGAAAAAUUUGGCUGAUGAAUAAAUUCAAUUGAACAGGAAGCAAGAAAGGUGAACUAGAAUUGUACUGCCUGAAAUUAUUCGUCAGCUUCAUUAUUCGCAAUGGGAUAUCCUGUUCAUCUUCUGCAUGCUGAGUUCUGCUAGUAGAAAAAAAAAUCGCACAGUACAUCUAAAAAGAAAACUCACACACACUAUUAUUCAGAGCACGGUACUUUUUUCUGGUGACGGUGCAUGUAUCAAAAGGAAGAAUAAAGGACUCAUAAUUCGUAAAGAAUGAGAAAUAAAUACUAUAUUCUGACAUCAUCGCAGAUGGUAAAUAGCUAAAUAGCAUCACCUAAAACUUCUGGGUACAUUCUCGUACUCGUAUCAUGUGAAACCUCGGAUGGAAACGUGCAGAAUGUGUUCUCAUGACAUUAUUUUUGUCCUUGUUAUGCGUACCACGAAAUGUCACAGUGUUCAACUUCAGAUCUGCUUGCAAGUUCAAUGAAUGCGACUGAAACUUCA